AUGGGGAACGCCCAGGUUUUCACUCUUUUCUUCUUCCUUUUCUUUCAUCAUUCUCCCAUUGUUUUAACUUCCCCAGCUUUUCGGGACAGGAAUUCAGUAAGACACCCCAUCUAUCGACCACACCAUCUCCCUCUCCCUCGAAGACCAAACGCCAAUCAACCACCCUAUUAUCAUCAUCCUCGAAGACCUAAUAAACCACCUAGCCGUUACCCAAAGUCUUACCUUCCUCAAUCGGAGAUAAGACAAAUCCUCAAGGCCCACAACGAGGCUCGAGCUCACGAGUCUGAAUCAUUCUACGUCUGGAAUGAAAUCCUUGCUAACUACGCUCGUAACUGGGCCAAUAAACGCGUCAAUGACUGCCUUCUUCUCCACUCCGAUGGACCCUAUGGCGAGAAUAUCUUCAGGGCGACCAAAAGCCACUGGAGCAUUGCUAAAGCCGUUAAAUCAUGGGUGGCUGAGGAGAAGUAUUACGACAAGAAGAAGAAUGCUUGUCAGCCGAGCAAAAUGUGCGGCCAUUAUACACAGAUUGUAUGGAGGGAUACGGUGAAUGUAGGAUGUGCCAGAGUCAAGUGUGCAAAGGGUGGCGUCUUUAUUAUUUGCUCAUACGACCCCCCUGGGAAUUUCCAAGAUGAAAACCCUUUUGCUUCCCAAAAACAACCCUAG